UAAAUGUUCGGGUAGUUCGAGUUUACAAUGUAAAGAAAAGAAGCCUGUUAACCGUGAAGACUGUAAUAAUAUAGACUGUCCUGUAUGGAUUGUAGGUAAUUGGAGUGAAUGUUCCAAGUCUUGUGGCUCUGGAGAGAGAACUCGUACAGUUAAAUGUUCGGGUAGUUCAAGUUUACAAUGUAAAGAAAAGAAGCCUGUUAACCGUGAAGAUUGUAAUAAUAUGGGCUGUCCUGUAUGGAUUGUUGGUAACUGGUCAAAAUGUAAAAUUACUCUACGUAAAUGUCCCAAUGGAAUGCGGACGCGUUUUGUCACAUGCACUUCGGAAAAUGAACUUGAUUGCGACCAAAGCAAAAAACCGGUUGUGCGUGGGCAUUGUAAAGCCGAAUGUCCCAGCUGGAAGACGGGUCCUUGGAGUAAAUGUAAAGGUUCGUGCAAGAAGGCAGAAAUGACGCGUCGUGUUUGGUGUCAUGGUGAAGACAGAAGGUGUGACAUGCGCACGAAACCAAUUGGGCGAAAAAGAUGUCAGCUGUCUAAGUGUAAAGAGUGGGAGACUGGGGACUGGUACAGGUGCCCAGUGUCCUGUGGCGGAGGUAUUCGAUCAAGAAGGGUCAUUUGCAGGGAUUUGGAAACUGGUGGUUUUGCUAGAGGUUGUAACAGAGAGAGCAAGCCGUCCAACUUUCAAGCAUGCGCACUUGUGGAAUGCCCUUCAUCGUUAGUUGACCGAAAGCCGCCAAUAAACAGAAGAUGUAAGCAAUCAUACGGCGAUGCUCACUUUUGUAAUUUGCUGCGAAAACCAUCGUUGAGCGAAUUGUGUUUGUUCAAGACAUGGAGAGAGAGAUGCUGUGAAAACUGCCCCAAAAUACAUGCACAAAUAUUGAAGUGAGUAGUAGAAGCUAAGAUUCGGAGGAUGACAUGCCAGUCCCAGUCCCCUUUUCGUUUGGCAACUAUGUUGAAGCAAUGAUGUCAUUGAUGUGUAUGUGCGAGGAAUCUUGUAAAGUUUCGUUGUGGAUAUAGUUUGAAAUUUGAAAAUGUCCGUGAAUGUUUCUUGGUUACGUGUUCUGUUACCCUUUUUUUACCGACGGGACUUUUAUGUCCCCACCGUUUAAUAAAUGUAUUAUAUUAUAGUAAAUAUGACUUGUAAAACAAUUAUGGUGGUAAAGAAAGGGUUAGGCAUUGCUAGACAUUAGUUGCUGACCUUUAGGACGAGGUAGCUAACUUGUAUAAAUUAAACUAUGUUCACAUUGUGAGAUCGAAUUCAUUUCAGUAUGGACUGGACAUUGCAGCAAACUUAAAAGUAAUUGCUUUUUUAAGAAGUUAAGAAGUCAAUACUCUUUGUGGAUUCCACUGAGUUGUUCGUUGUGCGAUAAAUUUUCUUGGAUUAUUUACUUCAAGUCAUAUUAGAUAUGACUGAUUAUCAUGUUAAUUGUUGCGUAAAUUAUAUAACACAACCAGGAUGGAAAGGAGUCUUGCGUGGAGAAGAAAUAGCCAGCCGGCAUAGAGAUUUUGUGUCGUGAAAAUAUUAGUUGUGCCAUUUAGUCUCUGCUGUAUGUAACUCUGGAUUUUUCAAAAAUCCUACGUAGCCCAUUUCAUCCAGUUUCCAUAUUGCUGUCUGUUAUGUUUGCGCACAUAGCCAAAGUAGAUUGUAUAUUUUUAUAUAUUUGAUAUUUCGAAUAAACUAUGACGUAAUCUAGCUGUGCUUGUGUAAGUCAAAGACCGCAUUUAGAACCUGGAUGAAUUAGGCCAAUUUACUCCUUGCUUGCAUGGAAGAAUAUGAGCCAAAUAAAUUAUAUAUUUAUUGUUGAA